UCUCUCUCUCUCACGACCUUUUCCAUAUCACAAUCAAUCUUCCCUGCCUUCACUUUAACCCUAUUAGCUUUCGCUGUUCUUCUUCAUCUUCAUUAAUGUUAAGGUUAGGAAGCUAAUUCGUGAACCUUGAAGUUUCUGGUAGAAUGACUUUUGGGGGGUUUAUUCUGAGAAUAAAGGCAAGAGUUGAAUGGGGAUCUAUUUGUUGUACAUUGAAGGGGAUGGGAUUCAUCUUUGUUUUCUUGUUUGGCUCGAAGCUCAAGGGGGCUUCCUCUCAUGAUUCCUACAAAUUUCCAGAUUUUUAAGAUGCAUGAAUGUGGAGGCUUCAUGUUAUUUUUCAUCACAAUGAUAUGGUUCAAUUAGACUCUUAAAGCUUGCAGAUGGACAUGAUAUAUCCAAUUCAUUGAAUUGGGGCAAACAUGUUAAUCGCUUCAAUUGACAAACAUUUUCUCUUCAAGGCAUGGCUUAUCGAACUCGCCCUACCGCUAGACAGAAAUCUCCCAAAUUGCGCUAUGUCUUUCUUAUUUUGUUGGCAAUAGUUUUUGCGGCUGAAUUGUUCAUCCAUGGCCAAAAGAUUUCUUACUUCUUCCGACCUGUUUGGGACAAACCCCCAGCUCCCUUCACUCGUUUACCUCACUAUUAUGCAGAAAAUGUCUCCAUGGAUCAUCUCUGCCGCCUCCAUGACUGGUCACUGCGCUCUGAACCUCGUCACAUUUUUGAUGCAAUCAUCUUUAGCAAUGAGUUAGACAUACUAGAGAUUAGAUGGAGAGAACUUUAUCCUUACGUUUCAAAAUUUGUGAUCCUUGAGUCCAAUACUACAUUCACAGGCAUCCCAAAACCUCUAUUCUUCGCCUCAAACCGAGCUAGAUUCGCCUUUGCUGCAGACAAGGUUGUUCAUGGCAUGUUCCCUGGACGAGUUGCAACCCCUGGAUCACGUCAGGACCCUUUUGUUCUUGAGUCAGAGCAACGUGCAGCAAUGAAUAAAUUGUUACACCACGCAGGGAUUAUGAAUGGUGACAUUCUUCUUAUGGCAGAUACAGAUGAGAUUCCUAGCCCUCACACGUUGAAACUGCUUCAAUGGUGUGAUGAAAUUCCUGCUGUUUUGCAUCUUGAACUGAAGCACUACAUGUACUCAUUUGAAUUCCCUGUCGACUACAGCAGCUGGCGGGCCACAGCAAAUUUGUAUGGUCCCCUGACUCGUUACCGACACUCUCGAUUAACUAAUGUGAUCUUCUCGGAUGCAGGAUGGCACUGCAGCUUCUGCUUUCGGUAUAUUUCUGAGUUUGUGUUUAAAAUGACAGCUUAUAGUCACGCAGACCGGGCAAAACAGAGGGAUUUUCUUGGUCAUAAGAGAAUUCAGGAGCUUAUAUGUAAGGGAGAUGAUCUUUAUGAUAUGCUCCCUGAAGAAUACUCCUUCCAGGAUCUGAUUAGAAAGAUGGGAUCCAUCCCGCGAUCUGCUUCUGCAGUUCAUCUUCCUGCUUAUUUGAUAGAGAAUGCACACAAGUUCAAGUUUCUUCUUCCAGGAGGCUGCAUGAGAGAACCAGGAUGAAAUCUAUGUGGAUGUUUUACGCCCAGUAAAAAGUGUAGUAUGUUGAAAAAGAGAUGCAAAAUAAAUGAUUACCAUAGAAAUAGAAUAUGAAUUUUAUGUAGGCGUCUUGCUGUGAAUGCAUGAAUGUAUAGAAAGGAUCUUAGUU